AUGUCGAGGCGCAAGCAGGCGAAACCCCAGCACAUCAACUCGGAGGAGGACCAGGGCGAGCAGCAGCCGCAGCAGCCGGCCCCGGAGUUUGCAGAUGCGGCCCCAGCGGCGCCGGCGGCGGGGGAGCCGGGUGCUCCAAUGAACCACCCAGGGAAUGGCCAUGAAGCCAGCAGGGAUGGAAUGACAGCAAAGAGGACUCGGCGGGAGGAGACGCACAUCUGUGAGAAAUGCUGUGCGGAGUUCUUCAGCUUCUCCGAGUUCUUAGAACACAAGAAGAAUUGCACUAAAAAUCCACCUGUCCUCAUCAUGAACGACAGUGAGGGGCCAGUGCCUUCAGAGGACUUCGCCGGGGCUGUGCUGAGUCCGAGCAGCAAGGAGGGUCCCCGGGAGGAUGGCGGCGGCUCGGGGGAGAUGAAGGAGAAGCCGGGGGCCGAGUCGGUCGUGUACCUGAAGACCGAGACCGCCCUGCCAUCCACGUCCCAGGACCUAAGCUAUUUACCCAAAGGCAAAGUGGCCCACACUAACGUCACUCUUCAGGCCCUGCGGGGCACCAAGGUGGCGGUGACCCAGCGGAGCGCCGACGCGCCGCCAGCCCCCUUGCCCGGCGCCGGCAGCAUCCCGUGGGUCCUCGAGCAGAUCCUGUGCCUGCAGCAGCAACAGCUGCAGCAGAUCCAGCUCACCGAGCAGAUCCGCGUGCAGGUGAACAUGUGGGCCUCCCACGCGCUCCACUCGGGCGUGGCGGGGGCGGACACCCUCAAGACCUUGGGCAGCCACAUGUCCCAGCAGGUUUCGGCGGCCGUGGCUCUGCUCAGCCAGAAAGCCGGAAGCCAGGGCCUGUCUCUGGAUGCCUUGAAACAGGCCAAGCUACCUCACGCAAACAUCCCUUCUGCCACCAGCAGCUCUGCGUCCCAGGGGCUGGCGCCCUUCCCCCUGAAGCCGGAUGGGACGAGGGUGCUGCCGAACGUCAUGUCGCGCCUUCCCGGUGCUUUGCUACCUCAGGCCCCGGGCUCUGUGCUCUUCCAGAGCCCUUUCUCCACUGUGGCGUUAGACCCGUCCAAGAAAGGGAAGGGGAAGCCCCCGAACGUGUCCCCGGUGGAGGUCAAACCCAAAGACGAGGCCAUCCUCUGCAAGCACAAGUGUAAGUACUGUAGCAAGGUUUUUGGGACUGAUAGCUCCUUGCAGAUCCACCUCCGCUCCCAUACCGGAGAGAGACCCUUCGUGUGCUCUGUCUGUGGCCACCGGUUCACCACCAAGGGCAACCUCAAGGUGCACUUUCAUCGACAUCCCCAGGUGAAGGCGAACCCCCAGCUCUUUGCCGAGUUCCACGACAAAAUGGCGGCAGGCAAUGGCAUUCCCUAUGCACUCUCUGUACCUGUCCCCAUAGAUGAAUCGAGUCUCUCUUUAGACAGCAAACCUGUCCUUGUAACAGGGACCCCCAACGUAGGGCUACCUCAAAAUCUUUCUUCAGGGACUAACCCCAAGGACCUCAUGGGCGGCCCACUGCCCAGCGACCUACAGCCCGGGCCUUCUCCAGACAGUGAGGAUGGAUCCCUACUAUCCGGGGUGGGGCCAAACCACAGUUCCCCAAGGGUUGGUGGCUUCCAAGGGAGUGGGACACCCGAGCCAGGGUCAGAGACCCUGAAAUUGCAGCAGCUGGUGGAGAACAUCGACAAGGCCACCACCGAUCCCAACGAAUGUCUCAUUUGCCACCGGGUCUUAAGCUGCCAAAGCUCCCUCAAAAUGCAUUACCGCACCCACACCGGGGAGAGACCAUUCCAGUGUAAGAUCUGUGGGCGAGCCUUCUCCACUAAGGGUAACUUGAAGACGCACCUCGGGGUCCACCGAACCAACACGUCCAUAAAGACGCAGCACUCGUGCCCCAUCUGCCAGAAGAAGUUUACCAACGCGGUCCUGCUGCAGCAGCAUAUCCGGAUGCACAUGGGCGGCCAGAUUCCCAACACGCCUCUGCCCGAGAAUCCCUGUGACUUUACGGGUCCCGAGUCCAUGAUGGUCAGUGAACAUGGUAGCGCAGGUGCCGUCUGUCACGAUGAUGUUAUCGAAAGCAUCGAUGUUGACGAGGUCGGCCCCCAGGAUGCCCCCAGUAGCUCCGUGAAGGUCCCUGUGGCUCUUCCCAGCGUGCAUUCGGCAUCACCCACGCUCGGGUUUGCCGUGACGGCUUCCCUAGAUGCCCCGGGGAAGGUGGGUCCUGCCCCUCUUCUCCUGCAGCGGCAAAGCAGCAGAGAAAACGGUUCAGUGGAGAGUGAUGGCUUGACCAACGACUCCUCGUCCUCGGUGAUGGGAGACCAGGAGUACCAAAGCCGAAGUCCAGAUGUCUUGGAGACUGCGUCCUUCCAGGCACUGUCCCCAGCCAAUAGCCAGGCAGAAAGCAUCAAGUCCAGAUCUCCUGAUGCUGGUGGCAAAGCAGACAGCUCCGAGAACAUCCGCACUGAGAUGGAAGGUCGUAGCAGUCUGCCAUCAACAUUUAUCCGAGCCCAGCCAACCUAUGUCAAAGUUGAAGUCCCUGGUGCAUUUGGUGGACCCACGACCAUGUCCCCAGGCAUGACACCUUUGUUAGCGGCCCAGCCACGCCGACAGGCCAAACAGCACGGCUGCACACGGUGCGGGAAGAACUUCUCCUCGGCGAGUGCGCUGCAGAUCCACGAGCGGACUCACACAGGGGAGAAGCCUUUCGUGUGUAACAUAUGUGGGCGAGCGUUCACCACCAAAGGCAACUUGAAGGUCCACUACAUGACGCAUGGGGCCAACAACAGCUCAGCACGCCGUGGGAGGAAGCUGGCCAUCGAGAACACCAUGGCUCUGUUAGGAACUGAUGGGAAGAGAGUCCCUGAGAUGUUUCCCAAAGAAAUCCUGGCGCCUUCGGUGAACGUGGACCCUGUCGUGUGGAACCAGUAUACCACCAUGCUCAAUGGAGGUCUGGCCAUGAAGACCAAUGAAAUCUCUGUGAUCCAGAGCGGUGGUAUUCCUACCCUCCCAGUUUCCCUGGGGGCCAGCUCCAUUGUGAACAACACCACUAUCUCCAAGAUGGAUGGCUCCCAGUCCGCCCUUAGUGCUGAAGUAGAAAAACCAGGUGCUGCGGACAGCGUCCCCAAACACCAGUUCCCUCACUUCCUUGAAGAAAACAAGAUUGCAGUCAGCUAAGCUCUAGGAGAACCCUUAUUGAAGGAGAAAUGGCAGGCAGAAUGGCCUCUAGAACUGUACUUUUUUUUUUUUCCUUUUUAAAAGACCCCAUCUCCUCCUGUUUGUUUUCUUACUGAUGUGCAAAUGAUGUUUACAGUUGUGAUCACAACCUCAGGCAAGUCCUACAAUCAGAUGAUGAUAUGCUGCUUUGCAAAAAAAAAAAAAAAGGAAAAAAAUUGAAAAAAGAAAAAAAUUUGAAAAAAAAACAAAAAAGAAAAUACAUACUAAAACAAAUACUAGAAUUUUUUUUCUUUAAUUUUGGAAAGAAGCGGGUCUUGCAAAGUAGCUUUGUUACUUGGCGACAAACUGUAUACAUAAAAACCUUUGUACAACCGAGAGUAACUAUUUCCAAAGACUGUCCCCUUGUUUCAAGUUGGAACUUAGUGAACUACAAUGGAAAAGAUAACCGUUAGCCUAAUUGGGGAGGGGGGUACUAGAGACUUCCCCGGUGACUGUAUGCGGGUACAUGAACACGAUCUGGCAUCUGUUUAGGGACCUGUGUUUUGUAUGACCUCUGACCCUUCACCCAUUUUUUUUUCCUGAAUGUAUUUUUUUAGACUUAAGGUUGUAGAAUUACAAAAUUCCUCCAACCUUGGAACCUUAAGUAGGAUGCCCUCAAAUGGACUGUGUUUAGUCCGUAGGGAGUCAGUGUGUGUUGCUGCUUAUUUAAAUACAGUUCGGUUGAAGCCCCAAGUGUGCCAAUGUACCCCGUCUGCUCUCCAGAUGCCUCCUUCCUGAGCCACCGGGAGAGGUGGGCACCUGAGCAGGGACCCUCAGGUGACUUCAUUUGGUUCGCCAGUGCCUACUCGAUCGAAGAACUGGGUUUCCAUUCUUGAAGAAACUCCCAGAAGGGCAUGUUUCUCACAGGUUCACAGACUGAUGUGUACAAAAAUGUCCUUGGUGCAACUUACGCCAAGUUACUAUGAAGAUUGUUCUUCGAGUAUUGCUUGAAGGCUACGAAGUUGGAACAGGCAGGUCAUGGGUGUGAAAGCUUUAAUUUAUCUACCUCAUUUAUUUUUUUAUUUUUGUAGCGUCUAUUUUCCUAUUUUAUGACCGCUGAAGUGUUCUCACGCCCUGUCUUAAACCUGAGUUGAUGUGUGGUGGGAGCGGCUGGACUUAACAUUUUCGUGAUUCUUGGUUUUUGUUUUUGUUUUUUUAAACUCCCUCCCCUUUUUGUAUAUGUAAUGAUGAAACAUGCUCUCGUGGUUUAACAAGGAAGGAGAAAGACCUUAAUUUCUGCGUGGAGACGUCUCCCUCUUUGUGGACAAGUAGAUCAAGACUGUUACUAAAAGUUUGUCUGUUAUUGCACCUGAAUUUUAGGAUCCAAAAAAAAAUUUUUUUUUGCCACGUUGUGCCUUUCCUCCUGGAAUUGUAAGUUGAACACAAUGCUAGUAACCUGUUUACACUGUGAAGUGCUUACUGUUAACAGAGAACACCCGGAGCCUUUCUCACUGUUAAGCAAAUAAUGCCCUUGUGAAUGUAUGAUCUUUGGAGAAACCCCUGUAGUUUUACCUGCUGAUGCUGUCUGUCUUAUUGGAGAAUAA